AUGAAUAACUUGGAGUCCCUCCCUCCCAUUCUCCGCCAACUCAGCCAUGCGCCACCUAGUCUAUCACCUAAUGACGGUGGCGACGGGAUCCACGAGGCAGAGGAUCUUCUUCCGGUUAUAGAUCUUGAAUGCUUAACCCAUUAUAAGAAUAAUAUUAAGCUUGAUGAGGCAUGCAAGCAUUGGGGGCUAUUUCGUUUGGUUAACCAUGGGGUUCCAUCAACCUUGUUGACCCAACUUCAAAACCAAGCCCAACAACUCUUCUCUCUUUCCUAUGAGUCCAAACAAUCCUCAUGUAAUGCUACCCCUCUAACUUACUUUUCGGGCACCCCUAUCCUCACUUCAUCUGGGACUGCCCUAACAAGGGCCCCAGAAAAUAUCAAUUUGCUUGAAGGCUUUAAUAUGCCUUUGGGUCAAUUGUCUCAAUUUCAAUCUCAACUUCCUGUUCUUGAGUCUUUCAGACUUUCGCUAAUGGAAUAUGGAGAACAUUUAACCAGAAUUGGUACAACUUUAGUCGAAGCUUUGAUGAAGAACCUUGACCUGAAAAUUCAACCAUCUAGGUCGUACGUGGCAGAAAGCACUGGGAUUGUGCGUGUUUAUCGUUAUCCAAAUUCCUCUAACUCUAAUGCUGGUUUAGGUAUGGAGGUUCAUACAGAUAGCUCAGUCUUGUCAAUAUUAAACCAAGAGAAUGAAGUAAGUGGACUUGAGGUGCUAAAAGAUGAUCAAUGGUUGACUGUAAAACCCAUCUCCAACACAUUAAUUGUCAACCUUGGUGACAUGAUGCAGGCAAUAAGCGAUGACAAAUACAAAAGCGUGACACACAGAGUGAAGCUAAACAAUCACAAAGAAAGGAUCUCAAUAUGCUACUUUGUAUUCCCUGAUGAAGACCUUGAAAUUGAAAGCUCCAAGUACAGAUCCUUCACUUAUAGUGAGUUUAGAGCACAAGUGCAACAAGACAUCAAGAAUGUUGGCCACAAAGUUGGGCUUGCAAGGUUUGAGAGAACAUAG